AUGUACAACGUGCGUUUGCUAAACGCCAUAAACGACGUGUACCGAAGUCAUGCGUACGAAGUGGAGCUGUUCAUACACUGUUCGCUGGAUAUCGUUGACGAAAAAGCCUCAAAAGCAAAUGAAAUGUUCUUGGGACAGCUCUAUAGCGAUCAGACGUACAAGUCGUUUGGAUUCAUUACGAAUACUGGAGUGCGAAUGGUUUUAGUUCUCGAAAUAAACAAUCUCGAGUUGAAAGAUCUGGAUAUACGAGGGAUAUUCAAGAGGUUUCACACUCUCUACUGCAAUGCCAUCUCCAAUCCUUUUCAUCCUUUGGGGGACGAAAUUUCUUCGAAGUAA